AACAAAGUAACAGAAAGAGAAAGAGCUGCGGAUACAUACGGUGGAACAGGGAGACAGACACAGAGCGAACGGGAGACAGAGAAGCAAAGAGCGAGGACGACUGAGGAAGAAAGUAGUACGCGUCUUAGGCGGCUCGCACAAGGAAGAAACAAGAGGAAAGGAAAAGAAAGAGCCUCUACUAAUUUUACUAUUUGAAAAAGCUUUCAAAAAAGACGGACGAGAGAGGGUGACCUGAGAGAGAAGAGAGGGAGACGCGGCUUAGGAAGAGAAAAAAGGAAAAGAAAGAGGAGGCGAUUUUGGGAGAGAGUUAGUAAAAAAAAAAAGAGAGGAGUCUUUGAUUGAAAGCAAGACUCCUGUUGCUUUUUCUGUUUCUGUUUUUCUUCUUCUUCAGUUUCCUUGCUGCUUGUCUAUUACUUUUAAAAUAAAAUUAUCCCUUGUCCAGGAAGUUUGUGAAUUAAAAGGGUAUGUUCUUUUUCUACUUCAGAACUUUUUAACUUACAAGCCUACCUGCUGCUUUGUCAUAGUUUUGUAUUAACAAAACCAGUAGAGGGAAAUGGCAAACAGCAAAUACGAGUAUGUCAAGUCAUUUGAAGUAGAAGUUGAAGUGAUGCUGCCUAAUUUGAUUGUUGUUCGGAUAGAUGGUUGCAAUUUUCGCAGAUUUUCUGAAGUUCAUGAAUUUGAGAAACCAAAUGAUGAGAAAGCUCUGAAAUUAAUGAAUUGGUCCGCGGCUGCUGUGUUGGAGGAGUAUCCAGACAUAGUUUUCUCAUAUGGAUACAGUGAUGAAUAUAGUUUUGUUUUCAAGAAACCAUCGAAAUUCUAUCAGAGACGAUCCAGGUUCUUAUCUGAAGCUAUUAGAAAAAAUAACUAUUCAUUCUUAUGCAUUCCAUUUUCUCUGCUAAGAAUCACCCCCGUAGGAUUUAGGGGGAAGACUUCUGCUUAAAGCUUUUCAAUAUCAUGAGAGUCUUGUAAUUACUAGGGAUUUUCAAUAUAUUUUUUUUUGGCCCUGGUGAACAUAGAGUACUGGUGUGGUGUUAGAUAUGUGUUUUACUUUCAUAGUUGUCAUAUUUCAGGCUUCACAUGAGUAAUUGGUAUUUGAAGCUUUCUUUUGCAAUAAAAGAAGAAAUAUCAUAAGAAAUACGAAAAAGAGAACGUACAUCCUCCUGCAAUAGCCAAAAAAAAAAAAACAGAAAACGGAACAAAUGUCAUGGUCUUGUGUUUAUAAUCAGGUUAUUAGUUUGAGAGUCAAGGUCCGUGAGGGGUUAAGUCUUGUUUGAGACAACCCAUUAAUUUAUGAAGCAAAUAUCCUAGAGUGGAAAUAUUUCAAUAUUAUGAGAUAGUUUUGUAAUUCGAAUAUUUUUUUUCUUGAGAUAAACAAAUGGAACUAAUAAAAAGGCACCAAGGGAGUGCCGCUCAUUUACAAAAUAUUUACAUCAUAGGUAAAGUUUUGUGAUUAGAAUCUUUAUGCAUUUAUUAUUGGAGAUACUUAGUGAUGCAUGACAAGUUAUGGUACAACUACAAUUUUCUUGACAUAAAAAGUAUAGUCUGUAUCAUUAAUUCACAAGCACUAAAGAAAUAGGAGGACGCUCGAUGGGGUGGAAGAGGAUAUUAAUAAGAUUAGAGCGAGAUGGUUUCAUACUUUGGGAUUUUUUAUUAUGGGUCAACCUUUGUACUCUAUAGAGGAUUUUGGUGAUUUGAUAGAUAUCUUGGUUGAUAUGUAAAUAUUUCUUUAUACAUGAGUUUUUAUGCAAUUGGUGCUUGUAUUUAAUAAUACUUUAUAUUUUUUAUUUUAAAAAAAUUAAUUCACAAGCACCAAGGGAGUUUCGGCUCAUGUGCAAGGUGUUUACAUAUCAAUAAGGAUAUUAGUGUUAAUUCAAUUUAAGCAGUCUGAACAUAAACCUUAAUGGGAGCUUUCAUCCUCCAAAAAAACACCAUUGAAGACCGCAUUUUGAUUAAUGGGAAGGCAGAUAAGGAAUUCAAGGAAAUAUUUACAAGUGUAGAUACUGAGGUAGUCUAAUGUCCACACUCUAAAGUUCACUAUUGAACCAUCCAUAAAGUUUAUAAAAAAAAUUGGACCAGCCAUAAAGUACUCAAUAAGGGUAAGCAAAGAAGUAAAAUUCCAAUAUUUCCUGGUCAUUAAAAAAAAUUAAGGUUUUUGGAAAAAAGAAUUUCAAGAAACAUUCUUUUGGGUGGUGUGGAGAGAAAGGAGCAAAAGAACUUUUGAUGGGGUUGAAAAUGUUGAUGGUUUUGAUAUCCUUAAAAAUGUAUGGUUCUAGACCUUUAGUUUUUUAUUACGAGGUCAUCCUAUUUGUUCUAUGAAGGAUUUGGUGGAUCUUGUUGAUACUUUGAUUGACUUGUAAUUUUGUGCAUGAGGUAUCCCCUUGGCGCCUAUAUUAAUAUACUUUUCGCACUUUUUAUUUUAAAAAGAAGCAAUUCCAAGAAACAUGGCCUACGGAGUGAGACAUGAAAGUGGAGACAGGAGCGUUAUGAGUCAGAGGGAAAAAUUAUAUAGGAAAGCAGAUAGAAAAGGAGACUCUGACGAGGGGACUGAGAGCAUUUAAGCAAUGGGUGCACUAGUAAAAGUUUUCUAUAAAUAAAUAAUUUUUCUGGUUGCUAUAAGUUUCUGUAUAUGGGUUACACACCCGUGCUGUUUGCGAAUAGAUGAUUAUUUUCUUUUGAAAAAGAAAAGGUUGCUAUAUAUUUGUUAUUAUGCUCGUCCUCUUUUUUAUUGGAGUUGUCAUGUUAUAGAAGAUUUUUGUGUCAAAUUUUUUUUAAUAUAUGCAAGUUUUUGUUUAAACCCACUUUUUUUUUACCAAUCGAUUUGUAAUCAUAAACUAUGUGGUACCAAAAUAAUAUUUUUUUAAAAAGUCUUAAAACAUUAUGUAAGUCUUCACUAAAAAUUAUAUAAAUUUUCAAGUUUACAAGGGAAGCACCAUCCGUGCUCCCAACCAAUUUUCUUUUGUCUAUGAUGAGUAAUAUCUCACUCAAGAAUAAUAGAAUGAAACAAAACGUGUAGGAAGCUUUCUGAUCAAAUUCUUUAAUGGAUUGUCCUUGUCAGGUGUCCCUUAUUGUUGCCUCAUUACAUUAUAGUGUGUCAAAAAGGAAACAAGAAGAGUAUAGAAUCAGAUGAUUCCGAAUUGCUUAUUCAACAUUUAAUGUAGCUUGCUUUAUAAAACUGAUUUCGGGUGAGUAUGUGAAGCAUUUGGAAAAUUUCUAGUUUAUCAGCUUCUAUGUGCCCAUAUGGAGAACAGGAACAACCCACCUAGAUGGACCUAGGUGCUUUACUGGAAAUGAUUGGCAGCAGAGAUUUUUAUAGAAAACAAGAUGUGUUAACAAGGCACUGAAGGGGUGCCAUGUAUAUGAACAGAAAUUAAUCGGAAGAAAGAUCUAAUUGGUCCACAAGCUCUUCAACCGUCAGAGCUUAUGUUAUACCACAGGUUAAGCAUAUUCUAUGUUUAUAUCAAUGACUAUUUACAUGCCUGUAACUAUACGAACAUAAAUAAUUAGAAGAAAGAUAUGUAGGUCCAGAAACUCUUCAACAAUGAGACUUAUUUCUUAGCACGGGUUAAGCAUAUUCUAUAUUUAUAUCAUGGUUAUUUACAUGCAUGUAACUACAUAUAUUAAUCAAAGUGAUGAAGUGUAUAUCAUUUAUUUGCCCGUGAAAAUUGAAUAUGCAGCAAAAUACUGUCCCUUAUUGUAUCAUUCUUUGCUUCUGUCUACGUGACAAAGUGGAAGGAUUUCUUCCCAAAUAAGGAGCUGAAAUAUCCCCCUUCCUUUC